CUUAAACGUUUCUUCUGCCAGCAUUACCUGCGUUUGGCAUCAAAAACACGGAGGAAACUUUUGUAUACGGUUCGUGUUAGUCAGAAUGAAUGGGACAACUUUCUCCAACUUUGACAACCAGGAACAUGUCCUGAAAUUGGGAGAGACGUUCGAGAAACACCCCAAAAGCUCUUACCACACAGUGCGAUAUGACUUCAAACCAGCAUCGAUUGAUACAGCAUGUGAAGGAGAACUUGAAGUUGGCAAAGGAGACCAAGUCAAAAUUACUUUACCAAAUUUAGAGGGUUCAAGUGCUCCUGUUACAGUCUUCAGUGGAUCUAAGAGGCCUUACAUGAAAGAAUGCAUCCUCAUUGUGAACCACGAUACAGGAGAGUACAGACUAGAAAAACUCAAUAGCAACAUAGCCGUGAAGAAGACCAGGGCUGAGGGCAGCAGUAAAAUCCACUCUCGUCUAGAGCAGCAAACCAGUCGCCUGAGUCAGCAAAUGAAGAGCAACAGCAGCGGCACGAGCAAAACCUCAUCCAGCUCCAAGAGCUCUCCCCCCAAAGAGAAAGCCUCUUCACCUUCACCGAUGGAUGACAUAGAGAGAGAGUUGAUGGCAGAGGCGCAGGUCAUGGAUCAGCUCAGCAGUGGCGACAGCUCAUCAGAGUCCAACAGCUCGUCCUCCAGCAGUGACGACAGUUCAAGCAGCAGCGAUUCAGAAGAGGAGCAGACUCCUGCAGCGCCCUCGGCCAAUCAGAGCAUGCCUAUCAUCAACACCAGCUCCACCAGUCGCCUCCAAGAGAGCGGGGGAGGACUCAUGAACACACUCAAGAAUGACCUCCAGCUGAGUGAAUCAGGAAGUGAAAGUGACUGAAGAAUCAGGAUGAAGGCCAAUGUGAGGAAGACUGGAUGAAGGAGCUUGUCACAAACCUGUUCACCAGGAUUGGUCUUACUCAUCCACUCAUCUGAGUUUUGUCUUUCCACCAACAAAUCUCUGUAGUUUUCUGGCUCUGCUCAUGCUGUAGUGAUUCCUGCCUCUGGAGUUAGAAAUGCAUCUCCUCUAAUGGCGGUGCUUUAAACCCACCAGAGGCAGGACAGCUGUCAUUAGAGUCUAGACUCUUAUGCUUCUGCUUUUCACGUUUACAUUAUUGAGCUUUCAUUUUGAAGUUUCUGCUAGCCUUUUUUGUUUUAUUUUGUAGCACUAAGCAGCAGAAAUUAAAAAAAUAUAUAUAAUUUCACAAAAUAUCCCUUUAAACCAUCAAACUUGACUUGUGAAGAAUGCAUAUUUAUUAAUUUAUCUCUUGGUCUUUACCAUUUCCAAACAAUACUUCAUUUUUUUUUUGUGAGAGUCGGUAAAAUAUUUUGAACUUAAGUCUACUUGCCACAUAUCAGAGAACAUCGUCUUAAAAAUCAAAUAUGGUGUUUGCUACAGUACUAAAUGUUCAUCAGAAAGCCAAAGCAAGAUGGUGAAAUGAUUAAUAAAAGCAGUCGACUGUAGCGGGAGAGACAGCUUUUAUUCUGCGAACCUGCACUCAUGGACUCUAAUAGGGUCUUGCUUUGUAGCUUUAAACCUGUUAUACUUGAACUUAAUUAUGUAUCCUUCUACACACAUUUGGCCAGUAACUAACUGGUUCUGUGUUUAGCUCCAUAUGGAAGCAACUGGAAGCCAGAUGUGUUCUUACUGCAUCAGAGUGAGUCUUAAAGAACUGGAAAUGCCUCUUUAGUUUGUCUCAGGAAGUCAACUGCAGGCCUUCCUCUCUUGGUGUCUUUUCCAUAAGUGUCUUUUGUCCUCUGACCUGUCUCAUCAAACGGGAAGCUGCGGUUUCUGUCCCAGCAGUGCUCUGACACCGACUGUAUAAACCCAGAGACGGGGGUCCAAAAAGCCUUAAUUAAAACACCUGUUGGUCUUAAGAAAAUGAACACUUAUUUGUUAAAUAUUUGAGAAGAUUUUUGUCAAAUAUUAAAGAUUUUAAUUGUUUCUUGAA